CUGGAUUUGAAUGUGCUCAGUCCUUUUUGUCUUUCAUUGUUCCAGAAUGCCGGUUCAGCGAGCCGUUCUGCUGGCGUGCGGAUCGUUCAAUCCCAUCACAAACAUGCAUCUGAGAAUGUUUGAACUCGGUCGCGAUGCGUUGCAAGCCACCGGUCGCUUCAAGGUCGUCGGCGGCGUCAUCUCGCCUGUCAACGACGGCUACAAGAAGGAUGGACUGCUGGCGGCGUCGCACCGGCUCGCAAUGUGCCGCGCUUCCGUCGCAAACUCGACCUGGAUUCGCACGGAUGACUGGGAACUCACCAACCCCGAGUGGCAGCGCACCGUGUCUGUCCUGCGACACGUUCGAGCCCAAGUCAACGAAGGCGUCAGCGCAGAAGACCAGAUUCGUGUCAAGUUGCUCUGCGGCGCAGAUUUGCUCGAGUCGUUCGCGACGCCUGGACUCUGGGCAGUGGAGGAUCUGCUCGAAAUUGUCGGCGAGUUUGGCAUUGUGUGCAUCACUCGCAUGCCCUCAGAUCCGUUCAAGUUCAUUUACGAGUCGGAUUUGCUUCAUGCGCAUUCGCACAACAUCACUAUCGUGCACGAGCACAUCCGGAAUGAAAUCAGCUCGACUCACAUUCGCCGCCACAUCCGACGAGGUCUAUCGGUGCGCUAUCUGAUUCCAGACGCGGCAUUGGAUUACAUCCAACAGAACAACCUGUAUUUGGAGGCCAAGUCGCAACUGUAGCGACUGGAAAAUGUCGCAAAUACACAAAACGCAAAACUGUGCUGACAUGAACACGUCAAAGGCACAGAGUUUAUCGAGCGGAUAAGAUGAAUAUUAAUCAACAAAAGCACAAAAAACACCACAAGCAAACAGCCAAAAAAAAUACACACAACAGAACUACAGUAGA